GACGGCUUCUACAUCCCGCCCUACGCUCGAUGCAGAUGCCGUUUCGGCAAUACUCAGGUCCCUGCGUACUGCGUGGCGCGAAGACAGCAAGUGCAAUGCAGGGCGCCUCCCGUCACUGGCGCUCAGACCGUUGAAGCCCAGUUCUCUGUCAACGACGGGGCGGACUGGGGCUAUCCUCCCGCCAAGUUUUCGUACUAUGCACCUCCGCUCUUCGACUCCAUAUCGCCACCUCUGGGAUCGCUGCAGGGAGUGAACAAUGUGUCGGUUUAUAUCUUCCAGUUCCCUCAAGAUUCCUCCGUGUCGAUGUACUGCCGGUGGCAAGGAACCUACGUGGUGCCAGCCUCCGUCGGCGGAAACGACCACAUCAUCUGUGCCGUCCCGUCACACCGGAGCUUUGCCCCCUGGGCGCGCACGGGAGACGAGAUGCCCUUGACCCUCGAGGUGUCCUUCGCGGGCAUACCACCGGUCUGGAUUCCAUUGCCACGAAGUCUUCAUUUCCGUCAGCACAACAUCCCGGUGCGUGCCACGCAGGAGCUCUUCGUCAGUCCUCGCCACGGCGUUGCAUCGAAAGGAGGUGCUGACCUCAUGCUUACUGGCAAUGGCUUCGUCUUCCCCACGGUGAACUCAUCCUUGGUCGGAUGCGUCUUCGGUCGCUCUUUCUUCUCUAUUGCUGUGGUCAGCAGCCCCACCACGAUGAUGUGCCGAGCCCCGCCUCUGGCAAGCAUAACGACGGCCGAACCACCUGUAGACGUGACUGUCGAUCUCAGCUUCGAUGGAGGGCAGACCAUGACGAAUCUCAACAACUUCUACAGCUACCUUCGAGACUUUGAGUUCAGCGGUAUCAUCCCUUCGGGCGGACUCUUCAGCUCGCUGACGCAGGCGACGCUGUCCGGCAAAAACUUCCGAAGGACGCCGAAUCUGUACCUGCAGUUCGGCGAGAAGAAGGCUUCUGCGGCCUUGGCCAACGCAGAGAGCCUUCGCACGAUCGCCCCUAUCCAAGACGAAGCAGGCACCUAUCCGAUCCUGUAUUCCGUUGACAACCAGACCUUUGUACCGACGGGCUUGUAUUGGAUCGCAUCUGCCACAUCUCUCGUCCGUGCGAUCAUUCCAGAUCGUGGCUUCCGUGUCGGCGGGACCAAUGUGACAUUGGUCACUACUGGAUUGUACUGGCUGCCCUCGCUGGCUUGCGUCUUUGGCUAUGCCCCGGUGUCGGUCAUCCCGGUCUACGACCCCGCGGACCCGAGCAACCCAAGGCUCACGUGUCUGACGCCGCCUUGCGAGAAGGCUAUGUAUCUCGAUGGCAUCGGCCCAGAGGAGACGGAUCAGGACUGCUAUGGCUUUGUGACGGUGCAGAUGACCUUCAAUGGCCGGAAUAUGUUCGGCAACCUCAGCUACGAAUACGUGAAGAUGCCGCAGGUCUUCUACGCUAGCCCCUUCCCUGCUGGUGGAUUUAACAACGAAGUGACCAUCGCGCUGUUCGGAGAGAACUUCCAGGAGCCCAUGUGGUGCCGUUGGUGGAACCUGGAAGAAAGCGUAGCCACGGAUGUUACGCCGGCCUUCAUGCGAUGCCGGGCACCCUCGCUGCCGCCAGAGCUGCAGCCGGACAACACCACCGCCCACAGCGUCCUCAGCUACUUCGAGGUCUCGCCGAACGGCCAAGAUUGGACCCGCUUCAAGCGUGCAUGGCUGUGGUACAGGGAGCCUCAAGUGCUGACCAUCGAGCCCAACACGACGUUCCGCACUUUCGCGCCGGAAGGUGACUUCAUCAUCACAGGCCGCUACUUCCGCUUGCUCCAGGAAGAGCUGGUUCAGUGCGUCUGGCUCUACGACAAAUACCAGCCGGCCGAGCGCACGCCCGCGGUACUCCUGGCGCCCGAUGUCCUCCGCUGUCGGCCCAGUCAACCGGCAGCUGCCUCUGGCGUAGACACGGAGUAUCUGCAGCCUUUGGGCGUGAGCCUGGAGAUCUCCAUGUCCACACAGGUGGAUUCAGCUUCGGGCAUGGAGGUUCUGGCAGAGGAUCGCAUGGAACUCAUCGGAUCGAGUGAAGGCCUGUAUCCUGGCCCCGCCGUUUUCCCGACCUCGUGCUUGGUGACGGGUGGCUGCACACUGACGCUGCGCGGAGAGCGUUUGUGGGCCGAAGAUGAAACCUAUGGCUCCGGGAACCGUUCAGACGCCAAGCUUUUUGUGGCCGUCGGCGACCACUUGCUGGAGGCGAGGCGCGGCAAGGAUUCAAACUGGGCCACCAUCCGCCUGCCGCCGACGCCUCACAUGGCCGUCGUGCCCCGCACGGAGCCUUUGCGACUGACGCGGAACCUCCAGGAUUACACGCCAGCGGUCGUGAACAUCGCCUACAAUCCGAUUCCCAUCGGUACAUACUACAGGGCGGAGCUCCACAACGGCACCUUGCAAGCGUGUCCUCAAGGCCACGCUUGCCCUGGCAUCGGAGCGAACCAAUCCGAGCUGGAUUAUUCGGGCGAGGCCCCGAUCCGAUGUCUGCCCGGCAGCUGGAUGAAUGCCACGGGCUACUUCGAGUGUGAGACGUGCCCGGAGGGAGUCUACUGCCCAAGAUAUGCGAUGAUCGAGCCGGAGCACUGCGAGACGGGUUACCUUUGCUGGGGCGGGACCGGAUUCGAUGCGAAUCUGGCCUUGUGCCCAGGAGGACAGCUCUGCGUCCGGCCACCCUAUGGAAAGACGCCCUCAUCCAGUACCUCGCGGUUCCCCUUCCUGCGGCGUCUGAAGGCCAAGACUUCCGAGACCGAGACGGAUGCUUCAGCAGCAGAGGAGACGCCACAGCCACAGCAGUUGACAUCCACAUCGGCACCUUCCCGGCGACUGCUCCUGGCCACCAUUCCCUCAACGGUGGAGAUCCAAACUUGCCCCGCAGGCUUCUUCUGCCCGCCGGGCUCUAUCGCCCAGAUGCAGCCUUCGGGAGAACUCGACUAUCUGUCGCCAAUGCAGUGCACUCGUUUGGGCAUUGUGUGCGCAGAAGGCUCCUCCAAUCCGCUCUCCUCCGAUGUGAUGGCUGGUCCGGGAGA